UAUAGAAGAAAAAUUGGGUUUAAAAUUUAAUAAGUAUAAAACAUUUCGUGAUUCUAUGAUUUCAGAAUCAUUUUUAUCAAUUUUUCAAAAAGUUCAAUCAAAAGUUAUGUUACCGGCUUUUAAUAAGGCAGCUAAAUCAGAGCAACAAAAAGACUAUGCAGCAGUUAUAAUGUGGUUAACUCAAGUUUUACAACAAUACCCAAAAAGCUAUUCAAUUCGAUGUAGACGAGCGUUUGCAUCCUACCAACUUGAAAUUUAUUCAGAAGCUAUAGAUGAUUUAGAUAUUGCAAUUAAAUUAAAGCCAUCAAAAUCAUUGGCUUAUAUUUAUAGAGGCC